AUACUCGGUCAAUCAGGAGAUUACCCAUUUCCUCCAAAAGACCUUACAGACCGCUCGUUAUGUGAUGACCGAGCACAUGAGCUCGUGGGAGGUACUGUGACCCCCGUUGCAGUGCAAGGCGUUUGCAGUUAUUCUGUAUACGCGGGCCCAAAUCACGAGCAUGUGGUUCAGUUCCGACUAAGGUCUCUUAGGCUGAAGACUGGAAUUGCAAAUAUUGCCAGCAAUUUAUAUGGAUCCUUAGUGCCAUCCGUAUCUUAUCACGGUCAGAUUGGAGGCGAUGAUGUUAAUGGAAAGGAACCUCUCUCUGUCUAUGUGAUGAGUCGGGUCAAAGGCAUUAGUUAUCUCGAUAUUAUACUUGCGCAUAAUCUCCCAGAGAAUUCGCCCGACUACUUUACCUGGAGACAGAAUCCUAUCUCCGACGUUGCUAGGCUCUUUGCUCUCACGUGGAAAAGCCUACUGAAUGUGUACCGAACCUUUUAUGAAAGUCUCUAUCAAAGAUACGACGAAGACCUACGGCGGCUCUUAGUUGCUCUACCUGAUCGCUUCCACCCAAUCAUCCAACAAUCGAUCGAUGCUCUACCUGCUAUUUCUUUUUCGCUGUCUAUGGUCCUUCUUCACAAGGAUUUUGGUAUGUGUAAUGUCAUGGUUGAUACCGACAAUAACCAUCUAGCCGAAGCGGAGAUUAGUACUUUCGGAACGAACCUUCAUUCUCUCCAGCAGUUUAUGAGCAAAUAUCGCCUUGGUGUUGGCUGGGUUCGAUAUGGUAACUAUGACGCUUUGAGCAGUAUAUUUUGGAAUAUCCUCUCCGUGGGCCCCAGGGGUCUUGAGGAGGUGACGAUCCGAACGAUAAAUCUGCAAUGA